AUGGAAUUUGAAAACCUGACUAAGGAAGAAAUGGAACAACUUCAAAAAAUUUAUGACGACACUAUCAGUUUUGAGAGAAAAAUUGGAAUAAUCAUUCCAACAAUUUUUGCCGUUAUCAUUUUGGUCGGACUUGUUGGUAAUGCUCUGGUGGUGAUUGUUGCUUUUGGACGACAAAUGAGAAAUUCAACCAACACUCUUAUUAUUGGACUUGCCAUAUCUGACUUGAUGUUCCUUUUGCUUUGCGUUCCUUUCACAGCUGUGGAUUACGCAGCUCCGACAUGGAUCUUUCCCGAGUGGACAUGCUCUAUGAUCAAUUUCUUCCAGCAUACGUCUGCAUACUGUAGUGUUUGGACAUUGACCCUUAUGGCCCUCGAUAGAUAUCUAGCAGUUGUAUAUCCAGUUGAAUCAAUGACGUUACGAACACCAAGGAACACUGUGAUUGCGUUAUGCUUCAUUUACAUCAUUAUCAUUGCUUCUCAGAUUCCUGUGGGACGAAUGCACGGGAUUUAUGUGUAUGACUUUAUUAUGGAAAAACGGUCAACGUGCGCAAUUCUGACAAUUGCCACUGCAGAGGCUACUCCGACGAUGGCUCGAACAUAUUUUAUGACAUUCAAUGUGUUUGGUUACGUGCUUCCACUGGGCAUUUCUGUUGUCCUGUAUGGUCUUAUGUUGAGAAAACUUUGGGACAUGCCAAGGCCGGGUAACUCUCAAUCUGUUGGUGGUAGAAAUCUUACAAAUCGUGAUAGUGGUUCAAGUAUUCGUCGGAGGCCGGAAGCAACUGCUGCCAAAAGAAAAGUUACCCGCCUUGUACUGUGUGUUUUGAUCACCUGGGCACUUUGCUGGCUUCCACUAAACGUGUGCUUUUUCAUGUCUGGUCUCGCCUACCCGGAACCACUUGUUAUAUCUCAUGGUGUCAUCAUGGUAAUUGUUCAGAUUGCUAGUCAAGUUCUUGCCUACACCAAUUCGUGUCUUAAUCCAAUUCUAUACGCUUUGAUGUCGCAGAGUUUCCGGGAAGGAUUCAUUCGAGUCAUGAAAAUGCUAAUAAAUAAGCUAUCGCGUGGAAGGUUCUGCACUAAUUACCGACGAAGUGCUCUUCGGACAGAGCUCACACACUAUAACCAAACUCCAGCACAUCCAGCAAACACUGUGGUUCAAGUGUCAAACGGAGAACGAUCCUCGCUUCUGAAAGAUAACUCGAGCUCUGCGACGUCUGUACAACCACUUCGGACGUCAAUUCAAGCGAAGAAAACAAAGAAUAUAGGGAGAAGCAAAUCAACCCGAAGCUAUAAUUUAUGAACACAGGCAACUUGUUUGAUUGUUUUUUUUUCACGGGAAACAGAAUUACUGAGUCUGUGAUACGAUGCUCUUUGUGUGUUUCUUCUAAUUUAUUCGAUUAUUUCCUGCUUGCCGCGUUUUAACGUUGCAACUGAAAAAUGUUUAUUUAUAGCUUUCCUUUUUGCUUUCAGAAUAAAUAAAAUUCG